AUGCACGACAUCGACGUGUCGGGCAUCGACGGGUUGAAGGAGCUCCACCGAGACCUGUCUGAGAAGAGCAUUCAGCUCUGCCUAUCCAGUGCAUCAAGGGAUGUGCUGCGCAAGCUGUGGGAUGCCAACUUUCUGGCAGAGAUGGGCGAGCAGUGGCUCUUCGUCACUCCCGCCGACGCCGUCAAGCUGUGUCGCUCCAUGGCCGUGGCUGCACCGGCUGUGAAGGAGCAGGACGAGCUGUUGGCAUCAGUUCAGGUGUAUGACAUCUAA